AUGUAUCCGUGGAGCCCUAACAACAGCAUGAUGGGCACCGGCCAGGGCCCGAUGGGUGGCCGUCGACCGAUGAUGCCAGGCGCAGGUUUGAUGGGUGCCGGACAGGGGCCAAUGGGAGGCGGACAGAUGCACGGCAACCCCUUCGACGCUCUGCGCGCCCAGCAGGCCGGAGGUGCACAACAGGGCCAAGGCGCCCAGAACGGCGCUGCUGGCGGCGGUCUUAUGCGUAGCCCUCUCACUGCAGCGAGCGGCACUGGACUCAUGGGAGGAAACAUGGGCCGCAGUGCAAGUGGUGCACCGGGUGGAGAUGGAGAGGACGACUCUGAUUAUGACUCAGAUGGCUCCGACCAUUUGCACUUCCACAUGUGCUAUGGCUACUAG